AUGGCAGCCGCUGCGCUUCCAUCCUCAAAAACCCAAUCCGAAAUACCUUCUCGUGUCAAGUUUGAAUUUAUUCUAGAGCUCAGAGAGUCCAAGAUACCUAAUGGUGGUCGUGGAUUAUUGGUUCUGCAAGACGUCAAAGCAGGGGAGUUACUCUUCGAGGUCUCUGAUGUUCUGUUCUCUACUAUCGCCGCAGAUUGUCUGAAUACCACCUGUGACAAUUGCUUCGCACAUAAAUCCCAGUAUGGCAAGACGGACCCACGCCCCUAUUUGAGCUUCACUCCUUGCGACACCUGCAAACUUUCCCACUACUGUAGCUCCGCGUGCAAAGAGUCAGCGUGGUUUACAUACCAUCAAUUCGAGUGUCAUAUCUUGGCCAAGAUGCUUUCCUCGGAGUCAGGAUGGGUAGGCAAUGCGAAUCCUCGAGGCGAGGAGUUCCGCACUAUCAUUCGACUCCUCACUAUCCACGGCGCUGGGGUGAUGCCGAAGAAAGAGUGGGAGGAAUUUGUGGGCUUGCGGCCACAGUCACCAGCGCCGGAUAAAGAACCUCAGUCCAUCAGGGGAAUAAAUGAAAUGUUUGAACUGAUUGUGAAGUACAAAGUCACAAAGCUUGGAAUGGAGGAUGUUGAGAAGAUCAUCCGUGCCUAUUUCAACAAUCACUGUUUCAUCCAACUUUGGACUCCAAACGAACUCCCCCUGGCCAAUAGCAAUCGAUACCCAUUCGUCGAUGUCCCAGUUGGUGAAUGUCUGGAGCCAUUCUACAGCAUGAUCAACCACUGCUGCGAUCCAAACAGUACUUGGCUUUCCGAAGAAGGCACUCUACAAGUCCGAGCUGAGAGAGAUAUCACGGUUCGUGAGGAGCUGACCAUCUGCUAUGGUUGUUUAGGCACCUUGGAGGAUCGUCAGAAGAAGCUGUCAGGCUGGAUUGGAAAGUGUACCUGCUGCCUAUGUACGAAUCCUCCUCGAGAGCCAACAGGCAAGCUUCGAGAUUACGUCACCAAACUCAUUACUGCCAGAGGCGGUGAUGCCACUCCUUCUCAAUCCCGCACAAUAUCACUUCAACAUGCAAUUCAAGAGAUGGAAAGAGUAGGCUUGGGACUCUCUGCUUGGCCGAUACGAAAGCUUCAUGUACACUUGUUUCGCUGUCGUUGUGGACAGUAUGAUGGACCGAAUAUGUUGAAGACCUGGUUAAAGCUGUAUUACUUCGUUGAGCCUGCCAUACGUCCUCUUGAAUGUCUCGCCAACCGCAACAGAUCGCUCGCUGUCCUCACAUACCUACUCGAUCUCAACGCUCCUGGCUACGCCAAUCUGGAGCCGUAUCCUGACGAAGUCGUGAAGCUGGCUCCUUGGCUGCACUACCAAUUGAGGGCUAGGCUGUUGCAUGAUAUUCGUCAUUGCCACAGCAAGGAGUCUUAUCGUGUUAAAGUUGAGGAAGGGUUGUACGAACUUGAUUUUGGUCAGUUGGAGAGAGAUGCUGAGGCAAUGGCUGUGAAGGGUGAGAGAGCUUAUGUUCCGUACCUGAAGAGUAAGGAGUCAAUAUCGGCGUUUGUAAAGGACAUGAACGAACUUCUGGCUUGGGCUGAACUUCCUGCGCGAACAGAGUCACAACUUCUGAGCAUUCAUUCUAUCUGA